AUGUGUCGUGUCCAGUUGUUGAAGUACGCCGUUCAGUCACGUCGCACGUCGUCGAUCGCGUUCUGGUCGCUAAGAGAGAGCGAUUCAUAUCUUAUCAAGUGUGUGCUACGCCAACUGCAACUGCAGGAGCAACAGGAUGCACAGCAUCUGCUGUUCGUCUUCCUCUGCUUCCUGACGCUCAUCAGCGGCCUGCAGUGGCUGCUGCGCCAGAUACGCGCACUACGCAAACUGCCGCCGGGCCCAUGGGGUCUGCCCGUCAUCGGCUAUCUGCUCUUCAUGGGCAAUGAGAAGCACACGCGCUUCAUGGAGCUGGCCAAGCGCUACGGAUCGCUCUUCUCGGCGCGCCUGGGCACUCAAUAG